AUUGAAUUCGCUGCAUUGCUUUUUCAAAAAUAUUUAUAACGGAAAAAAGUUAAGAAUAGAUGCUUAAUCUGACUGGAACUCUGUCGAUUAGUAACUUACUGCUUAAAUUUCAGUUUAGUUAAGUUAAAACUUGCUCGAGAAGACUUCACUUCUCAGUUUAUAUUUGUACUUGAUCGGCUAACAAUCAUUAUGAGCGCAGGUGAAGUUAUUAAAUGUCGUGCAGCUGUUUCCUGGGGUGCUAAUGAGCCCUUGGUUAUGGAAGAUGUUGAAGUUGCACCACCAAAAGCUGGAGAAGUUCGUGUAAAGAUUAUGGCGACUGGAGUUUGCUUCACUGACAUCUCUGCAUCCCGUGGAAAGAUCCUCGAUGUCCAUUUCCCAGUCGUUCUUGGACAUGAAGCAGCAGGAAUUGUCGAGUCAGUUGGCGAGGGAGUCACGACAGUUAAAGAAGGUGAUCAUGUUAUUACACUUUUCUUGCCUCAAUGCAAAAAAUGCCGAGUCUGCAAACUCGAUGAUUCCAAUACUUGUCUGGAAUUCACAAGCGGAUCUCAGUCACGUCAAUUGAUGGCUGAUGAGACCACGAGAAUCACAUGCAAGGGAAAGCAACUUUUACAAUUCUUGGGUGUUUCGUCAUUCUCUGAAUAUACAGUCUUGAAGGAAUUCAAUUUGACUAAAAUCAAUCCAGCUGCACCAUUGGAUAUUGCUUGCUUAUUGAGUUGUGGAUUCCCAACAGGCUAUGGUGGUUCAGUUAAGACAGCAGCAGUCAAGCCAGAUUCAGUCUGUGCUGUUUGGGGUUUAGGAGGAAUUGGACUUGCCACUGUACUUGGAUGUAAACAUCGUGGAGCAAAAACUGUCAUCGGUAUUGACUUAAAUGAUGCCAAACGUGAAAUUGCUGCUGAAAUGGGAGUCACUGACUUUAUUAAUCCAAAAGAGGUUGAAGGUCCAAUGGACAAGUACUUGAACGAUAAAUUCGGAUGUGUUGACUACACAUUUGAGUGCAUCGGUAACAUGUACACUGUUAAACAGUCUUUGGAAUGUGCAGCAAUUGGCAAUGGCGUUUGUGUUUUAAUCGGAGUUCCACCACAAGAAAUGGAACUGAAUAUUCUUCCCAUUCACUUCUUGUUGGGUAAGAAAUUGACUGGCGAACUGUUUGGAUCAUUUAAAGGCGUCGAUGAGGUUCCUUUAUUGGUUGAAAAGUAUCUCGAUGGAAAAUUGCCACUUGACAAGUUCAUCACACACAGAAUCAAGCUUGAACAAGUCAAUGAAGGAUUUGACAUGAUGAAGGAAGGAAAAUGUCUCAGAACCGUUAUUAAAAAUGAAUAAGACAGCAUUCAGCAUGCGUACUUUUAAUAUUAAUAAAUAUAUAGUAGAAGUGAAGAGCGAUUUAUAUGCAGUACAAACUUAGAAUGUCCAUAACUUAUUAUAAUUUAUGUCGUUUUUGUUAUCACUGCUUUUUUGGACAGUCUGAGGGCUGUCAUGUCAUUUAUUAGCUUGUACUGAUUUUAUUGUUUGUCACUUUGAUGUUUUUGGAAGUAUUACCGUAAUAAGCAGUGGAUAAAUACUCAACUAUUGAGCAAUAUGACUUGAAGUGAGUCUAAGAAUUGAGAUCUGCAGCACUGCAUUUAUCAUUAAUGUAUUUAUAAAUCUAGCAAAUCUAUACCAAAUAUUCAAUAAAAGCUCUUCCAUGAGAAAUGGUUACCUCACAUAUCAGCUAUGUGUUGCACAUGUUUAUUAGUAUUGCUCUGUAUUUGCUUAUUCUCGUUUCAUAACAAGUCAUGACUUUGAAAAGGAAUGUGUUUUU